AUGACCCUUCAUGGUGAAACAGACCUCCUGAUGUGCAGAACCUUCCCAACGUUCUUGGGCGGAAGAGCGUUAACUUGGUAUACCACCUUACCAACGGGCAGUGUAGCAUCCUGGGAUGACCUGGCAAGGAAAUUCCAGACCCAUUUUUCCACUAGUCGCCCUGUGCCGAAGUCUGUCCAUGCCUUGGAGAAAGUACGCCAGCAAUCCGGGGAAACUCUUAGGUCAUUUCUCGACCGUUUUGACAAAGAAGCCCUACAGGUACAAGGGCUAGACCCAAAGGUGCAGUUGCACAUACUUUUAUCUGGAUUGCGUGAAGGAGCGUUCGCCUACGAGCUUGCUCGUCAUGAGAUUUUGGAUCUUGAAGAAGUCAAGUGUAAAGCUCAAGAGUUUAUGCGAAUCAAAGAAUACAAAGGAAGUCGAACAAGCGACAGUCACCGCCAAGGAAACAGAGAGUUGAAGAAUAGUGACCAUGCUGAGGAAAGAAUCGCAAACCCUCCAAGUAUGUCAGUCGCCAACAAGGGCGAGACAUGA